GCGGGGGUGGGGGAAGGGGAUAGCGUUGAUAGAGGUCUUUUCCGGUGCCCGCAUGUCUCGCGGUGUGAAUCUAAGUACCGAGUGCUGGUACAUGAUCAAGGACCCAUAACACGUGGGUUAUGACUACAGAACAUGCUUGAAGAAGUUAGUUACUACACACGGGAGCAAGAAGUUUCCACUUUUUCUAUAUCGGGGCUGCAAACUACGAGUCUUUCUGUAAAAAAAAAUUGCACAUCGUUAUAAUAAUUUCUCGCCACAACGUAAGGAUGUGGUAGGCGAGAAAGUAAAAAUUGCAAUAUUCAAUGCCUGUUUUUUACAAAACCUGGUUCGAACUGAAUCCACUCGAUUGCCAGUGACUGCAACGAAGUCGUUUGUGUCCCUGCAGGGUGGCGGAGGAGGAGGAGGAGGGGGAGGAGGCGUCGGCGAUGGAGGCGUCGGCGGCGCCGCCCAUGUGGGUGCUGCCCUCCAACGCCAGCGACGGCGACCUGCAGCUGCCGCGCGACAUGACCUUCAACUCGGGCCACGUCGUCUCCAUCGCGUGCUACAGCGCGCUCAUGGUGGCGUCGGCGGCCGGCAACCUCACCGUGCUCACCAUCAUCCUGCGGCAGCGCGGGCGCGCGCGCUCGCGCGUCAACCACAUGCUCAUGCACCUCGCCAUCGCGGACCUGCUGGUGACGUUCCUCAUGAUGCCGCUGGAGAUCGCGUGGGCGGCGACGGUGUCGUGGCGCGCGGGGGACCUGCUCUGCCGCGUCAUGGCCGUGUGCCGCGUCUUCGGACUCUUCCUCUCCAGCUUCGUCCUCGUCUGCAUCAGCAUGGACAGGUACUUCGCCAUUUUGCGACCCAUGAGUCUGUCACAAGUCGAUCGGCGGGGCCGCAUCAUGCUGACGGCUGCCUGGGUCAUGUCCUUCCUGUGCAGCAUGCCCCAGGCCAUGGUGUUCAGCGUGCAGAGCCACCCGACCGUCACGUGGUACGAGCAGUGCAUCACGUGGGGCGUGCUCAAGUCGCACCGCGCGGAGGUGCUCUACGCCAUCUUCAGCUCCUCCUUCAUGUACGGCAUCCCGCUCCUCAUCAUCAUCUUCGCCUACGGCUCCAUCGUGGCUGAGAUCUUCCGGCGCUCGCGACGCACGGGAGACGAGUACUUGCUGAAAGCGUUGGUGCCGUGCUUGCGCAGACGUGUUCCGGCGCUCCAGCCUGGGCUUCCUCGGGCGGGCCAAGACGCGCUCGCUCAAGAUGACGCUGGUCAUCGUGCUGGUCUUCUUCAUGUGCUGGACGCCCUACAACAUCAUGUCGGUCUGGUGAGGAACCAGGCGGCGAAACCUUUUGCACACAACAUCCCUCAUCAAACGCGCUCCUGUAAUCGCGGCGCCGAUUCUCACAUUUCAGUCACUCCCAGAGAGUACCCAGAAUCAUCUAGGUGCAAUUCUCAACCAUUCUCUGCAAGGCCGAGAUCAUCUGCACCUGAGCAGUUGCAACAAGUGGCAAAAUGGAGGAAUGAAAAGAAUACUCAAUUGUUUCAACUGGCAACUAAUGGCUGGGACAGGAAUGGAAAAUCAUCCUUUGAGAACAUUGAAUUAACCUGAGGAAUGGUAUUUUGAAACAUAAUUAAGUGUGGUUAUAAUGGCUUUAAGUACAAAAAAGUUCAUAAAUGUGAAACGUCUUUAGAAGGUGUAAGAGAUGCGCCAAUCUUAUGAUUACUGAUAUUUAAUUACCUACAUUCCAUUCAGAUUUCUUGCAUUUUAAGUAAACUAAACAAGCCAAAUACAUUAGUCCAUAAAAGCAAAGAUUACAAACAACAGGAUACAGGGAUGAUUCAAAAUAAUAUGAAGUGACUGUACCUUCAACAACAUCCUCACACUUUCCAGCAUUGAGUAUGAGAGAGUUCCACAAGAAGUUGUAUCUUGUGUCGAGUUAUUCUUAAGAUAUCCAGCAGCACAAUGAGAUGUUGUUUUGUUCAUCCAAUAUCAGAGUAUUAGAAGAAAAACUGCUAUUCAAGAUGUAUCAUGGUCAAUAACAAUACAACUUGACAAUUUCGAGUGAAGUUGAUGAACUUACCUUAAGGGGAUAAAAGAAGUGACUCUGCCUGUGUAUCAAGAGAUUUAACCAAAGUUAAUGGAGGUACUUCAUAAACACGAGUAUCUCUGUUAUAAACUAGCUAUGUAAAUGAAAAUAUUCUUUUUUCAUUUCAUCGUAUUAUCAAAUAAAUUCUCAUAAACAAGUAGAAAUGAAUCUACUUAUAUCUUUCAAUUAAAUUUCCAUUCAAAUAGGAAGUACAUUACUAUUUUACAUUUAAUAGAUUGUGUUUUAUAGUAAAUAAUUUCCAGGAUUCAAAAGAACGACACUGCAUUAUUUGCUCUUAUUUUUCUAAAACAUUAGUUAAAAAAGAUAUUUGUGUGAUUCCCGAAAAUUUGUAUUUGAAAAUGUGCAUACAUUAUUUAAUUUUUUUUCUUUGUUUAUAAUAUUUCUUCAAAUAUCGUAACUUUCUUUAUCCAAUAUUGAUUUUUCUUUGGGCCAAAUACUGAAGUAAAAUAAUAAAUUAAAACCUUGUAUUCAAUUUUAUUAUUUUUUCAAAUUUAUUGAAGUUUUAAUUUUUUAUCUGAAUUUUUGCAUUCAAUAAAUACCCACAAGGUCUAUACGGAUUAAUUUUACUGUAUGUGGUGUAAGGGGUAUUGUGAGGAAAAACUUAUAGUUUUUGUUCUGUAAUUUCAAAUUUUAACCCUUUCCAAGUUACCUAAGACAAUGUAUACAAGGUUUUUUCCAAAACAUUUGAAUAAGUUUUGAAAUGAAUAUCAUUUGCUUACUGAAAACCAUUUUCAUUAGGAUCUUCUUUUCAGGGUUAAGAUAAAUUGGUAAGAACAAUAACAGCAAGUUUCAAACAUGUUCACACUUGUAGAAAUUCUUGUGUAUAUUCAAAUAUUUAAGUUUCUGACUUUAUGAGAAGUAGAAGUUUUACCAAUAAAGCUGUUGAAU